UAAUAAACGAGCAUAUUGUGGCAACACAACGGGGUUAUUUGUUUGGUAGUUUUUUUAAUGCGAGGUUAAGCUUGUUUAUUAUUGCGUAACGCUGUUUAAAUUUAUUUGUGUUAGUUGUGAGGUGAAGAAUGAAGAUGAGCAGAGGGAAGAGUAAGAUAUGUAAAGGUAAAGCUGUAGAGGAGGAGGAGUGUGGAGUCUGGCUGGACGCUGCUGAGUUAAGAGCAAAGAAACAGAAGAAACCGGUACAGCCAAUAACCAAACUUCUGAAUCCUCUGGCUCGGUCCGGGGGCUACAGUGUUGCCGUGGCUUUGAAUUUUACCCAAACUAGGAUGGAAAUGCCUGCGACAAAACAAAGCAUGAUCUCCUCAUUCUUUCUACCACAGAGUAAAAAGGGAAAAGGUGCAGAGGACUGCAGCUCUCUGCGGCCUUCGGGAAUGUCUUCUACUCCCCUUUCUGAAGCACAUACGGCCGCUAAACGAAAGCGUGAGAUGAGGUUUGAACUGCCUGAAGAACUGGACGAUAAUAGCGGACAUUCGACUUUAACAGAUUCAGUGGAAGAUAAUGCAGAUGUCGAUGGAGCGUCUGGUGAAGGCGGUAAUGAUGAUGAUGAUGAUGAUGAUGAUAAGGAGCAGCAGUUUUUACAUUUGAUUUGGGGAUAUCAGUCAGAGGAGUGUGAGCCAGCAGGAAAGAGAAGACCUCCUUCAAUGGAGAAUGUAACAGAUGGACAAAAAGACAGCAGCAGAGCAAUAACAAGUGGAAGUACGAAUGCUGACGAGCCGAAAGAAAUUCCUCAAAUUCAGCUUCACGGGGAUCAGGCAUGGCAAAAGGACUUGCAGCAUAGGAGCAUUUGCACAGAAAACAGGGACGAGACUACAGCAGAAGAUGUGAAUACUCAGGGACUCCUAAAACACCAGAGUUUAACAGAAAAGAACGCUUCAUUUUUAAAUUCGAGAUCUUCUUAUAAGACUUUUUAUAAAGAUCCUGAGUUAUUCGAGCGGAGGCAUCAGGGGUCACCUUUAAAGAGAGACGAUAAAGAAAAUAGCAGACCCACAUCACCCAGACACAGUACUGCACUUUCACCAUUCAAGCAGCGGGCGUGGUCCAGCCCAGUUAAACACUCUUCAGGUUUUAAUAAGAAACUUCAUCGGACCCCUAAGAAGACAAUCUGCGAGGAUCAGGAGAAUGACGAAGACCCAUUCAGCAUGCUGUUCACUCAGGACUCGGAAGGCUUUCGGGUGAUCGCCCAUCGCAGCAAAGGGCCACGAUGCCCACUGAAGGACCGGAGUAAUUCCCGUGAGGGCCGAGAGUAUUUCAGCUGCACAUCUGUAAUGCCUCUGGAAACAGAGGAGAACUCUGAUCCAGAUCCAGAAAUGCUCUUCACACAGGACUCUCAGGGAAAUAUGGUCAUUAAACAUUAAACACCAACCAAACGUGUUAAGUGUAGGAUAAAGCUUUACGUUUUAGACAUAAAUGCCACUUUGAUUUGCAGAAAAUAUUCUGUUCUACUUGUACAAUUUGUGCAUUUUUGACUCGUACUGCCAACUGCUCAAUGUAGUGCCAUGUAUUAUCUUUGGAAUUGUCAUGGCAUAUAAUAUGCUUGGGGAAAAAAAGUCUCCAAGGGCAAAAUCUUCGUUUGUUUUUGUUUGUGUCAAAUUAUAUAUUAUUGUUUGUUGUAAUUUUAAGCAUUAAUGUAUGUUGGUAUAUUGUAUGCUGCUGUCAAAUAUUCAACUACUCUAAUUUGACCACUAGAGGGCACAAAUGUUUUAAAAAAAAUAUGUUAAUAAAUUGAGUUCCAUCCAAAUUAAGUGCUUCUGAUCUACUUAAUCUGUAUUUUAAAAGCAGCCGAAUGUUAGAUGUUUAAUAAAAUACUUGGCAACAUGACUGUAGAAAUAAACUAAAAUCUUAAUGAAAGGUGAUUAUUUAAGUACAAAUGUUUCACUUUGUUCAACUGCGAACAUGUAAUGUAAUUGUUUGUGCACGUUCGAUUACAAGUCAGAUGUUCUGUGUUGUCCUUAAACUAAUUAAAAUGCUUUCUUAAAGCAGA